GGAGGAGCAGCCCGAUCAGCCAAAAGGGAGAAAAAUGUGAAGGGUAAAAAAGUUCCUUAUUGCACAGGCUCAUGCUCCAGCUUUACUUAGCCUGCUUAGUUUCCCAAAUGUUCACCGCAGCAGUCUGCGUCCUCUCCAAUGUAGCCUGGCGAGCUGAAGCUUAAAAAAACGACUUCGAGACGAGAGAGAAAGGAGAGGAUACGUGGAAGUGUCGCCCACAUCGACGAUUUGAGAUUUUCUGGGGGAAAACAGCUUGGAGAGGUUUUACGCAUUGCGCAGGAUGCAGGCGCGCUACUCUGUCUCCAGCCCCAACUCUUUGGGAGUCGUACCGUACAUCAGCAGUGACCAGAGCUACUACCGGGCCGGUGGUGGAUACACGGGAAUGCCUGCGCCUAUGAGCAUGUACACCCAUGCGGCCCACGACCAGUACCCAGCCAGCAUGGCACGGGCAUAUGGACCGUACACCCCUCAGCAUCAACCUAAAGACAUGGUCAAACCGCCAUACAGUUACAUCGCUCUCAUCACCAUGGCCAUUCAAAAUUCACCGGACAAAAAGGUAACCCUGAACGGGAUUUAUCAGUUUAUUAUGGAGAGGUUCCCUUUCUAUCGAGACAACAAGCAGGGCUGGCAGAAUAGCAUACGGCACAAUCUGUCCCUCAACGAGUGCUUUGUCAAAGUGCCCCGGGACGACAAGAAGCCUGGCAAGGGUAGCUACUGGACCCUGGACCCGGACUCCUACAACAUGUUUGAGAACGGCAGCUUCCUACGGCGCCGGAGAAGGUUCAAAAAGAAGGACGUGCUGAAGGACAAAGAGGAGCGGGACAGGCAACCCAAAGACUCCUCUGCUCGCACCCCAGGCCGGGAGCAGGACCAGCCGGUGCAGGGCUCUCAGCCGGUGCGGAUCCAGGAUAUAAAGACGGAGAACGGGACCACCACCCCGCCGCAGGCCGCGUCCCCGACACUGAACACCGUGCCCAAGAUUGAGAGCCCGGACAGCAGCAGCAGCAUGUCCACUGGCAGCCCGCACAGCGUGCCCUCAUCCCGGUCACUCAGCAUGGACGGACCCGAGCAUCACCACCACGGCCAGGCCCCGGCGCAAGGCUUCAGCGUGGAUAACAUCAUGACUUCGCUGCGGGGGUCUCCGCAGGCCGACCUCUCCCCGACGCUCAUCGCAUCCUCUCGGACAGGUAUCACCCCCUCUCUGUCGCUUAACUAUUCUCCUAACCAGACAUCCGCGUACAGCUCGGCAACCUGCAACCAAAAUGUCAUCUCCACGAACUCCAACGCAACUUAUCACUGCAACAUGCAAGCUAUGAGUCUGUAUGCAGGGGACAGAGGGGGGCACCUGGCGCCCUCCACCACGGUGGACGAGACUCUGCCCGACUAUUCCAUCACCACGACCACCACAUCUCCGCUCGGGCACGGCAACCUGAGCCAGGCGGGCCAGGACGGCCACCACGCGCACCAGGGCCGGCUUCCGUCCUGGUACGGGGACCUGAGCCACCUGAGCCCGGGUUAUCCGGCCCAGCAGCAGAACUUCCACUCGGUGAGGGAGAUGUUUGAGUCCCAGCGGAUCGGGCUGAACGGCUCUCCAGUCAACGGGAAUAAUAGCUGUCAGAUGGCUUUCCCCUCCGGCCAGUCCAUCUACCGCACCUCAGGAGCUUUUGUUUAUGACUGCAGCAAGUUCUGAAAGCAAAAAAAAAGUGUCUUUUAAAUUAAUAACUUUAAUAUAUAUUUUCCUAUAUUUUUUGUACAUCGUCUAUACGGUCUUUUAUUCACACCCCGAAUGGACAUAACAGAUUCUUUUUGCUCUGGUGUGUGAGGCGUGUGUAACACCAAAAUCACGUAAGUUUUUCCCUCUCAGUUUGAGAAAUGUUUAUAAAGAUGGCUUAAAUACCAGCUUUAUGACUAUAAACUGUAAAUUAUAGUCUAUAUAGUAAUUUAUUUUUUAGUAAAAAGGUAUUUGUUGGAUACUGAGGACCAAACACUAGAAAGUGUUUCCAAUUUUCUUGCUGCCUUUUAAUGUUCCAGUUCUUUUAUAGAAAUAGAGGGGGAACUUGUAGCCUAUACUGACUUAUUCUAUUCAUUUUUUGUCUUAUUUGUUAAAAAAAAAAACAAUUUUGAAGGCAUUACAUUUUGUUUGUUUAAUAAA